GAGUAGAGACACUGACUGGGCUGAUCCCCUACAGAAAACAACUGGGAGGAGAACUUCAUCCAGCUAUUAACCCGUUGAGACCUUUAGACAUGGAGAUAUACGCUAAAGAUAUCAAAAAACCAAAAGCAUCGGUGUUUUGCAACAUCAAGCUGUUUGUCCUUUGCCAUGGUCUGCUCCAGCUCACCCAGCUGCUGUACAGCUCCUACUUCAAGAGCACCAUCACCACCAUCGAGCGCCGCUUCGGUCUGAACAGCUACUCCUCAGGCACCAUCUCCUCUCUUCACGAGGUGAGCAACACAGUGCUGAUUGUGUUUGUGAGUUACCUGGGAGGCCGGGUGCACCGCCCACGCUUCAUCGGAUUUGGCAGUCUUCUGAUGUCAGUCAGUGCAUUGAUUCUAGCCCUACCUCAUUUCCUGUCGGAGCCUUAUGAGUACGACACAGUGUUGCAUGCGGACCGGCGGGACUUGUGCAUACCCCGCUUCAACUCGUCCAGUGCCGAGUCCUGUGGUCAGGAUGAUGCCAAGCGCCUGGUGGACACCAGCAGCAUGUGGCUACUCAUGGCAAGUGCCCAGCUGCUCUUUGGCAUCGGCUCUGUGCCAAUCCAACCCUUUGGCAUCUCCUACAUCGAUGACUUUGCAGGCCCAGGCAACUCUCCCCUCUAUAUUGCCGUUCUCUUUGCUGUCUCUGUGUUCGGGCCUGCCAUUGGAUACCUUCUUGGCUCUGUGAUGCUGAGGAUCUAUGUAGAUGUUGACAGAGUCGAUCAGGUCAUGCAAGAGUUGACCCCGGCCGACCCCCGCUGGGUGGGGGCGUGGUGGAUGGGACUCCUGGUCUCUUCCGCUGGUCUGGCCCUAGCCUCCAUCCCCUACUUCUUCUUCCCGCGCAGCAUGCCCCGCGAGAAUGGCCUAGGGGUGGACAGUGACAUCAUGAGCGAUGACUUGAAGCGUCCGGAUGGCUCCAUGCUGGCGUUCCUCAAGAAGUUCCCGCGGCUGUUUGUUCGGCUACUGCUGAGCCCUCUCUUCCUGCUGCUGGUGCUGACCCAGUGCUGCUUCUCCUCCGUGGUGGCCGGCCUCGCCACCUUCCUCAACAAGUUCCUCGAGCGCCAGUACAGCACCUCCCCCGCCUACGGCAACCUGCUCAUAGGUGCGGUGAACCUGCCGUCGCUGGCUGUGGGGAUGCUGCUGGGAGGCGUGAUCAUGAAACGUAUGGGCCUGUCUGUGCGCGUCAUCCCGCGCUUCUCCGUGGCCAUGCUGCUCAUCUCCGUCCUGCUCUGCAUCCCCCUCUUCUUCAUGGGCUGCCCCACCCAGGCCGUAGCGGGGAUCUACCCCCGACCCAAACCCAGUGGGCCCGUGCCCACGUGCUACUCUGACUGCUCCUGCGCCUCCAGUGCCUUUAACCCCGUGUGUGGAUCAAACAACGUGGAGUUCAUCUCCCCCUGCCAUGCCGGCUGCAGCAACUACACCAAAGACCCGACAAACUCCUUCAGAGUCCAGGCCUAUACCAACUGCAGCUGUGUUGGUUGGGGCUCUGCUCGUCCUGGUUCCUGUGGCAACAGCUGUCCCCACUUCCUAUUCCCCGUCAUGUUCCUCAUCUCCCUGGCAGGCCUGGUUGCCAGCCUCACGCACAACCCCAUCUACAUGAUGGUCCUCAGGACGGUACCUCAGGAGGAAAAGUCUCUUGCCAUUGGUGUGCAGUUCCUUCUCAUGCGGGUUUUGGCCUGGCUGCCAGCCCCUGCUCUGUUUGGGAUGACCAUUGACUCGACCUGCAUCUGGUGGAAGCAGGUCUGUGGGAAGAAGUUGGGCUGUGGUUACUAUGACAACAACCUCCUUAGGAACAGAUAUCUGGGACUUCAGGUAGGCUUCAAAAUGAUGGGCAUCGCCUUGCUGGCUAUCAUCGGUUGGAAAGUGCAGCGCACCAGAGAGUACAACCUGGAGAAGUGUCCGGAGGGCCCACUGUGAAGCUGAGGCUUCCCCACUCAACCCUCCUCUUUUUGGGGCACAUUCUCCCAGUUGGUCCCUUGGUGUGGUUGACCAUGGAUCCUGUAAGGGAGAGACUCCGUGGCCCAUCCCACAGCCCAGAUCCCUGUGUGACCCCUGUGUGACCCCUGUGUGACCCUGUACGGUUCUGCUCAAAGGGGAUGAGGCUCCAGCACACUGGUGUGUCUCACUGUGUGGAUCUUUAGUUUUCAUGUAUCUUAUUCAUAGUGGAGCUCCGAUGUUCAGCAGACAUGUGUAUGAGUGUUUUAAGUAUUACUAUUUAAUCUCCUCUCCGUUGAUCUGUUUUUUUUUGUUGAUGUUGAACCAAAUAGCACCUAACCCCUAUCGAAAAAAGAUAUGUCAUUUUCAGAACUAAAAGGGAACAGCACUUCAAGUGCACUUGUGCUUUUGUGCAGUUGUGAUACCAGGCAUCCUAGCAUCCUGAUAUCUCUUAUAUUGGCCUUUCCAAAGCUUGAGUUUGAUGCACUGUAUUUUGUCAUGUUGAUAACUUCAGAAUAAAGACUGACAUCUUCAGGCCCCAGCCAUUUAAACGAGUGGAAAGCUGCCACCCACAACACAGAUAGUACAGUGGCUACGUACCUCAACACAUCUUUGAUUGGACGCAUUGGGCUGCAGGCUAGUAGUGUUUGGACACUGUGUAUGAGUGCAGGUCAUUUGAAGGAAGAGCGGUUUUCCUUUGGGGUCAACAUGGGAGUGACUAGGACGGCUGUUUUGUGUUUCUCUGGCCAGGUCAGAUUUCCAGUAGCAACAAUGCUGGAACUUGCUGCAAGCUUGAUAUUUAAGAUGUUUUUGUUUUGUGAUGUCACCUGUACGUCAAAAGGCAAAGGCACUCUGUGUGCAGAUGUGACUGAAUAUUUGUAAAAAUAUAUUUUUAUAAGCACAAAUCCUUUUAUAAUCGUAAUAUUCAAACUCACUCACAAUACCUUCAAUAAAGUAUGUUCACUGAUACUAAACUGUAACUUUUUGUAUUGACUCAUUUAAAUAAAUUAUUUUAUUGUUAACCUGA